AUGGCGCCGGCAGGCAAUUCAGAUAUGGCCACCGACUAUUAUGAGUUGCUAGACAUCCCUGCGACUGCGACCGAGUCAGAGAUCCGGCGCGCCUACAGGAAAACCUCGCUUCUCUACCAUCCUGACAAGGUCAAACCCACCCCGGAGAAUCUAGACAAAUUUCAACUACUUCAGACAGCCAUCAACAUCCUCACAGAUCCCACCGAGAAGACAAAAUAUGACCAAACUCGUGCCGCUAAACUACGGCGACAGGCCGAGACUGCAGCUCUCGACAGUCGGACCAGAAAGAUGAAGGAAGAUCUGGAAAGGAGGGAAGCGGAAGCCAAAGGCGGCGCCCCCGGAUCUGUAAAUGGCACCAAGAGAUCAUGGACCGACAGGGAGCUUGAGAUCAAGAGGAUUCAAGAGGAAAACAGGACCAAACUCGAGGCGUUCAGGCAGAAAAAAGUGCAAGAGGCAGAAGCGCGAGCUCACGCCGAAGAAAAACCUUCCGAGGAUAUUGAUCGAUCCAUUAAAGUAUGCUGGGUGAAAGAGGGUGAGGGCCUUGACAUCGAUCAAGAUGCGCUGGAGGAGAAUUUCCCUUCUGGUGACGUUGAGGACAUCAUCUUCCUGAAGGACAAGAAGAGGCGCUUAGAAGGUAGGGACAAGAAAAUCCUGCUAGGUACCGCUGUCAUUGUGUUUAGGUCUCUUGCCAUCGCGAAGAAGGCUGUUGCACAGGGCACUUGGGAAGGCAUCGAGUCGCUUGACUGGGCUGCAGGAAAAGAGCCAGGAACAACUUGA